ACUACAGGCUUCUUGAUUCUGAAAAAAAGGAGGGUACAUUAUAAUUCCUAACUGCCCAGUUUGUUGCGAAAUUUAAAGAAAAUGUUUUGCAAAUUGCGAAGAGUUACUAAAAAGAUCAAAUCUGCUCCUCUUUGAGGAUGCUACGAUGCAAGGUUCAUCUCUGGAAAGAGAAGAAUCUUGGCUCCCAUCAAGCAUCAACGGAGUUUCCGCGGAGCUGGGCCAGCGGGAGAACCGGGUGCUUCUCCGCUGGCUCCUCCCCCGUCACACCGGCCGGGGCCCGGGUCAGAGGCGGCGGGGGCUCCGGCGCCAGGCCUCUACCGCCCGCCGCCCGCCGCCCGCCGGGGUGAAAUCCCGUGUGGGGGCGGGGCAGGCCCGGCCGCCCAGUUCCUGAUUCUACAAGCGGUGCCGGGGGCUGCCGGCGCCACAGGCGCGGGCACCGUAGGCGGCGAAGGAUGGGCCGGGGCGGCGCGGCGAGCCUGCCCCGAGGCCCCAGCCUGCGGCGGCCGCUCCUCCCCGGCGUCCUCCCCUUGCUGCUGCGCCUGCUACUGCUGGUGGCCCCGCCGGGCACAGGCGCCGGGGCCGGCCGGCCGCCGCACCUCGUUUUCGUGCUGGCGGACGACCUGGGCUGGAACGACGUGGGCUUCCACGGCUCGAACAUCCGCACGCCGCACCUGGACGCGCUGGCGGCCGGCGGGGUGCUCCUGGACAACUACUACACGCAGCCGCUGUGCACGCCUUCGCGGAGCCAGCUGCUCACCGGCCGCUAUCAGAUCCACACAGGCUUACAACACCAAAUAAUCUGGCCCUGUCAGCCCAGCUGUGUCCCUCUGGAUGAAAAACUGCUGCCCCAGCUUCUAAAAGAAGCAGGCUACACUACCCAUAUGAUCGGAAAAUGGCACCUGGGAAUGUACCGGAAAGAAUGCCUUCCAACCCGCCGAGGAUUUGAUACUUACUUUGGAUAUCUCCUAGGUAGUGAAGAUUACUAUUCCCAUGAGCGCUGUACAUUAAUUGACGCUCUAAAUGUCACACGAUGUGCUCUUGAUUUUCGAGAUGGUGAAGAAGUUGCAACAGGAUAUAAAAAUAUGUAUUCAACAAACAUAUUUACCGAAAGAGCUACAGCCCUCAUAACUAACCACCCACCAGAGAAGCCUCUGUUUCUCUACCUUGCUCUUCAGUCUGUCCACGAGCCCCUUCAGGUCCCCGAGGAAUACCUGAAACCAUACAACUUUAUCCAAGAUAAGAAUAGGCACUACUAUGCAGGAAUGGUGUCUCUUAUGGAUGAAGCAGUGGGAAAUGUCACGGCAGCCUUAAAAAGCCACGGGCUCUGGAACAACACAGUGUUCAUCUUCUCCACAGAUAAUGGAGGACAGACUCUGGCAGGGGGCAAUAACUGGCCCCUUCGAGGAAGAAAAUGGAGCCUGUGGGAAGGAGGCAUUCGAGGGGUGGGCUUUGUGGCAAGCCCCUUGCUGAAACAGAAGGGUUUGAAGAACCGGGAGCUCAUCCACAUUUCUGACUGGCUGCCGACACUCGUGAAGCUGGCCCGGGGAAGCACAAAUGGCACCAAGCCUCUGGACGGCUUCGAUGUGUGGAAAACCAUCAGUGAAGGAAGCCCGUCCCCCAGAAUGGAGCUGCUGCAUAAUAUCGACCCAAACUUUGUGGAUAUUUCACCGUAGACUGAAAAGGAGGAAGACGUCAUAAGGAGAAGAAAAUUUCAAGAUGACAGCCACGCCCCCCUCCCUGGAUCAUCUCUGUCACACGUUAUCUGUCCUGUUCAUCCUGUCCUUUAGAGCCCAGCUCAGUGAGCACUGCUUUCCUGAUCCUUCCAGGCAGUUUGUAUCUCCUCUGGAAUCACCUGGCACUUUGUACAUUUUAUUCACUCAGCCCACAAAUGUUUAUUCCCCUGUUUAGAGUUUAUGGUGUUUAAUGACAUUAUUUUAUUAUUAUCUUCUGGACUCUAGUUUAUUCAUUCUAAAGACUUAGGAUCUAGCACGUGGAGUGAUCACCAAAAUAAAUAUUUAU